AUGCUGCGCCCUCGCACCGUGCUACGGCUCGUUUCAUAUGCAGCGAUCAGUUGGCUAGUCCUUGCUAUGUUAUAUAUUGGGCUACCUAGCUUUUCUCGAAAUGAUGAUGGCACCGGAUAUGCAAUUAGUGUCUUGAAGAGUGGCAGAACGCUGACUCGUGUUUAUGGAGUCCAAGAUUUUUUUUCAAAUGCCGAUAUCGAGUUUACUACAAACAAUGAGCCCCGACAGAAUAUCGCUCUGAAAUUCAGAUUAGACAGGGCCUCUAAUGCGCUUUUCAUUUGUGGCACCACUUGUGUCCCGAGCGAUGGGGUUUUGCUUACCAGACCUCCGGAGUUAAUGAAACAUUACGAUGACGAACGACUUACAAUGACUCCUAUCUCUGUACCGGCGGGCGAUACAGAUGGCAUUAGUCUGCCGUGGUUCGACACUGCGGAUGCGGUUUUGAUGUAUCAUUUCAUACAUCGUGACUCUGCGCUUGUCACAUUGGAUCUGAUUUACGGAGGGGGCGGGAGAGAAUUGAAUAUAUGGCCAGCUGGGGCAUCGCAGGACCACAAAAAACUCCUCUUUUCUGUGACCAUAAACGUUGAAGCUGAGAAUGACGACGAUUUUAUCUUGGAGGCGAGCGUCCCUCGUUCGCCACUGUCAUCCACACCAAGUCCAAUAUACGAACUUCGGCUCGUUCUCUUGACAUGCCUUGCGCCGCUAACGAUUAUCUUUAUGGGCGCAAUCAUGGGCGCAAUGUUCAUCAUCUCUACAGCACUCAGUCUUCUCUUCCGGUCCUUUUGGGUGGUUGCUUUUUCACUUUUGAUUCGUUGGCUCUACAAAGGCAGACCGCCAAUGGAUGAGUUUGUGCAGGAGGUCGCCAAUGAUCUAAGGGGUCUUGCGGACAAAGUUCAGAAUUGGAGAAAUAAGGAGCCUUCGAAUAGAGGGAAAGAUGAGGAGCAGCCGUCACUAGGGCACGAGAAGUCUGACUCGAGUUCAGCUGCUGGAUGA